AUGCACGUUCGUUUAUGUGUCAGUAGUCCUUUCUCUUCGAACAUUUGAACUAACCUAACUGUAUCCUAUGUUAUUCAAGAAAACGUUGUCAUGGUUAUAGUGCGCGUUUCAGUUUAGCUACUGUGUACUUCGCAAGGUAAACAAGUUUACUGCACUUCUUGAAAUUUGUCAAAGGAAGUAUCGGAUGGGUCUUUAAUUUCUUUAAUAAAUAGAUGGAUAUUACAAACUUAACAAUCAAUUCAGCGUUGACUUUUACUUGUUUGUUGUUAUAUUUUUCUCUCUUCAACGGCAGCUGAUUUUUAUUCAACACUUGGCGAAUGACCUCCAGGAAAUGCCUUUAUUUGUAUAAAGUCGGAUAUGCUCUAUAAGAUUUAGGACCAUAAUUUUCGGAUGUUUCAACCAAAAAUGGUCAAAAAAUUCCAAAUGGUUUCCAAUUUACAUCGAUGAGUUUGAGAAAACUAGUUUCUUGGACAAACCUGCUUGAAAAUGAUCGACUGCUGUGCAAAAUAUAUAUUGUGUGGAUUCAACUUCUUCAUAUUUUUGUUAGCUUUCGCCCUUCUGGGCCUAGGUACGUGGCUGGCGGUAGACAAGAGUUCGUUCAUUGGUCUCGUCACCAUCAUUCCAAAUGAACAGCUGCAAGAAUUUACCAAACCGGGAGUGAUAGAACAAAUUUCGUAUGUUUUUAUAUCGAUAGGAGCUUUCAUGUUAGUUGUGAGCCUCCUGGGAUACUGUGGUGCUUUGAGGCAAUCAAAUUGCAUACUCACUACGUACGCUUCGUUCCUACUAAUCAUUCUCAUCUUGGAAGUGGUGGCGGUGUCUCUUGCUGUAGUCUACAAGGCCAAAGCUGAGGAGGAAAUCAAAAAUUCGUUGAAACUGUCAAUAUCUAAGUAUUACUCGAAAUCAGACAACGAAGAUGCCAUAACGCUGUCCUGGAACAAAAUACAAAUAGCUCUGCACUGCUGUGGUGUUGACAAUUAUACAGAUUACCAGACAAAUGAACAGUGGUUGAAUAGUGAUAAAGUUAUACCGGAGUCUUGUUGUGUUUUGGACAGUAACAACAAACCUUUAACGCCAACAUGCACCACUUCACCUAAUGAGGUUAAUUCCUUUUACGAUAAAGGAUGUUUCGGUGCCUUUUUAAACUGGAUGAUAAAUCAUUCGAACUUACUCGUUGCGAUAGCAAUAGGUUUUCUGUUAGUGGAAUUGAUAGGAAUAUUUCUGUCGUGUUAUCUGUCGAAAUCUGUGAAACGUUCUAGAAUAAACUGAACCGGAAAUGUGUACAAAAUCAUUACAGAAUGUUUUUAAUAUUUGUAUGAUAAUGAACUUUCAUUCAAUAACAAAUUCAAACUGAAUAUUUGUAGUGAUUGUACGUUGAUCAUGAAUCUAUAGUAAGAA